GUCUGGAUUACAUUUAACUCAGUAGUCAAAAUGAAACUGUUUGGCAGACCACCAGAAAGACCACCCACAGAACUGAUCAAUAUUUGGUCUCAGAAAAUCAGGAAGGAAAUGAGAGGGAUUGACAAAGAGAUUCGACACGUUCAGAGGGAACAAGAAAGAGUUACACGAUCCAUUAAAGAUGCGGCUAAAAAGGGUCAAAAGGAUGCGUGUGUGAUCCUUGCCAAGGGGGUGAUUCAGUCAAAGCGAGCUAUUCAAAAACUCCAUGCUUCCAAAGCACACAUGAACUCUGUGAUACUCAGUAUGAAGAAUCAGCUGAGUGUGCAGCGUAUAGCUGGGGCCGUACAGCAGAGCACAGAGGUCAUGGAAGCCAUGCAGCUCCUCGUGAAAGUCCCCAAGAUCCAGGCCACCAUGAGGGAGCUAUCGAAGGAGAUGAUGAAGGCCGGUAUGAUUGAGGACAUACUGCAAGACUCAUUUGAGAGAAUGGAAGACGAAGAGGACAUGGAGGAAGCAGCAGAUGAGGAAGUUGAAAACAUCCUCUUCCAGGUCACAGCAGGUGCACUCGGAACGGCUCCAAACAAAGUCACUGAUUCGCUGCCCAGUGUGGAGCCAGGUGGAGCCUCCACAGCCUUAGAUGAUGAAACUGAAAACAUUGAAGCGAUGCAUUCGAGACUGGCAGCUCUGAGGAGCUAA